ACAUUUUUCAGAGAGCUAUUUGUGGCCUGCCGCUUCACACGACAGAUAGAGACAGAACAGCAUGGAAACGCUUCUUUUUCUAUUUCCUCAAUUCAACUACAUGGCCCCAAAGGAGGAAGCAUAUUUCAAAAUGCUUGGUCCAGAAGACUUGCAGGCACCAAAGAUGAAGAACGAUACUAGCAGACAGAAAGACAAGGAGAGGAAGAGCCGACUAAGCCUUUUUCUCACCAAGUCUGGCUCUCAUGAAAACGUCAGUUCCCAUAAAAAGACAAAUACGACAUCCAGCAACAUCUCACCAGAGGCAGCUUUGCAGUGGAGCGACUCCUUUGAAGAACUGCUAAAGAACUCAGAUGGGGUGGAAACCUUCUCUCAGUUCCUCAGGACAGAGUUCAGCGAGGAAAACAUCGAAUUCUGGUUGGCCUGUGAAGAAUACAAGGCCAUUGAUUCUGAGACGAAGCUGCUGUCCAAAGCCAAAUAUAUUUAUACAGUUUUUAUUGAAUCGGAUGCCCCUAAAGAGGUCAACAUUGACUAUAACACCAAGACGGCCAUCCAAAAGAACAUGGCGCAGCCUACAAAGAGCUGUUUCGAAGCAGCCCAGAUGAAAGUCUACAGCCUGAUGAAAAAGGACUCCUACCCCAGGUUCCUGCAUUCUGACAUUUAUCUGCGCCUCACCAGGAGGAAAGGCCCAGGAGCCACCAUGUUUCGCAGAAGGUCACGCUCCUGUGUAUUCAACGAGAGAGGCGAGCCCACAACUGAACCUUCGGCCUGGUAGUUAACAGUAGUAGCAUUUCAGACGUAGCACAGUCAUUAUAUAGAAUGACAGGAUUUAUUAUGUAGUAGAUAGUUCAUGGUGAGCACAGUUGUUAAAAAGUAAUGUGCUGCAGAGGCUAAUUAUCUAAAGGUUUGCUUCUGCAGAAUUAGUUGUUUUUUUUAUAACCACAGGGUUCAGAGUGGAUGACCCCGAUUAUAUUGUACAUGGCAACCUGCCAGAGAUCAAAAUUUAAUAUAUUUUCAAAUUUUUUUUAAUUUUGGGAUUACUUGCCAAGAGAGAAAAGAUUGAUGCCUCUCUCAGAUCUUUAGCCUACCCUCAAUAUGAAGCCACAGGCAGCAUCUUGUUAGCUUAGCUUAGCAUAAAGACUGGAAACAGGGGAAACAGUUAGCCUGGCUCAGAAGAAAUAGAAGAAGAAAUAGUCAAGCACCUAACCCCUCGUAAAAACACAACUUGCUGCUUUUACACUUCCGUUUUUUGCACAGAUCAGACCAGAUAUAACAUGUUAUAUGUGCUAGUCUUUAUGCUAAGCUCAGCUAACUGGCUGUUGGUAGUAGCUUUAUAUUUACUGUUAAAACGUCAAUCUUCUCAUCUAAUCCUGAGCAAGAAAGCAAAAAAGGAAAAACGUCAAAUCUUUCUUUCAAUUAUCAUACUACACAGCUGGAAAACUGCUGAAACUAUUCACCUUUGGGAUACAAGUACACAAUUUACAAAGGUUAUCAGACCACUACAUCAAAGCCAUGUGGCUAGUGAAAAAUAAUGGUAACCCUGUGGCCAAUCAGAAAUGAGUACUCUCUGUGGCCAUUAAACCAGACUAUUCUGCAGCAGUUGGAACGAUAUUUUUCCUCUUUCUCUGAGCUUGUGGAUUCAACCUUUAUUGAUGAUUUUGUUCUUAAAUUUUUUAAAGACUUGAAUGACAAUGGGAUGGGUGGAGACAGUAUCUCAGCUGAAGUGCCUACACGCUACUGACAAUAUCCAGCCAGCUGAACAACCAACCACUCUGAAGUGACUUUAAACAUGUUAUAUUUCCGUUGCUUUGUCAUCUAAUCUAGCAAUAGCACCUUAUACAACAUUAAUACAGUUGUUACGGCUUACAAGCUUAUUUGACCAUAUAUCAUUAAAAUGGAGUCAUGAUUUUAUCCCUCACACUGUCCAAUCCCCUCCAGACUAACUUGCAGUGAAAGCCUGCAGCCAUGGUGACUGCAAAGCACUGAAACUUUUUAAUGAGGGAUAUAGAUCCCUCAUUUUUGUUAUCAGUUCAAAUGUAUCCCAUUUUCAGACACAGAAAAUGCAUAUAUCUUCUUUGAAUACUAACAUACAUUCCAUUAAUAGUGAUUGCUGUUUCAGUUUGCUACCACAUAAUAUAAUUUAUGUCUUAUUAUGAUCAUAUUUCUGCCUUGCUGUUGUAAAAUGUACAUAUUUUAAAAUUGUGGAAUAAUUCAA